AAAAAGAUGUACAGAAUGGGCCGGAUUUCUAGAUCAGUAGAGCAUAUCAAAUGGGCCGCUCUUCACACAGUUACAACGACGUCGUUUCUCUCUCCUGCAAAACUAAGCCCAAGGAAUUUUUUUCUUGUGGCAAAAGGAAAUUUUUAUAGUUCAGUUUCUUGUAGAAUCUUAUUGGCUUCAACAAUGGCGGAUCCUUAUCACAGAUACGGUGCACUCGCAGACAGAGGCAUGUCUAGUUUUCCUGGCUAUUUUCCAUCAGAAGCACCUUCGCUAGCUUCUAAUCAUACUAAUGGGUUGAGAGAUGCUUCUUCGGAUUUUCUGCGAAGAGAGAGUACCUCAAUGCAGCCGUCAUCUUAUGGACUGCAAAAUAACAUAUCGAAUGUUGGUAUUCUUUCUGAACCGGGUAUUAGUGGAGCUACUGGAAUGGGGUAUCCAUCUCCUUUGAAAGAUCCUAGUUCAAUAAGCCACAGACGAGAGACUGCAGUUAAUAUUACUGCCUCAGCAAUUCCUGACGUGAUAAACGACAGGCCAACUUCUUUGAGAAAUGGUGAUGGACCUUCAGGCUCGAGAGGGGAUUCUAACAUUCUAUAUGUUGAUGGGCUUCCUACUGAUUGCACUAGAAGAGAAGUAGGCCAUCUUUUCCGCCCAUUUAUCGGCUACAAAGACAUUAAAGUUAUUCACAAGGAGCCCAGACGUAGCGGAGAUAAGGCCAUGGUUUUUUGCUUUGUGGAGUUUGUUGAUUCAAAAUGUGCUAUUACUGCUAUGGAAGCCCUUCAAGGUUACAAGUUUGAUGAUAAGAAAUCCAACUCUGGUAUCUUGAGGAUCCACUUUGCCCAAUUUCCUUUUCGUCCUCCACUUGAUCACGAUGAACAGCGAGCUGGAAUCCCGCGGUGAUCACGAAUUCAUGGAUGUUAACAUGAAGGAGCUGGUCUUAUAUUACAAAGAUGCAAAGAUAAAACAUAUCUUGUAAAGACAAUUGCCAUGAAUCGAAGCACUACGGAGUAUACAUUGUUUGGCACAUCGGUGUGCUGGGGGCAUACGCUGCAUUACUUUGUAUAGGAAGUGUCAUAUGAUAUGAUACUUCAAACUUGUAAUAUAGGACUACUUGAUGAGUUAAACGGAGGUAAAUUCUAUGCCAAUUUUUUGGUUUUAUGA